AUGGACCAAGGACAGAAAUUUGGCCACAAACAGCAGAAACUACGCAGCAACGUAGAUAUCAUCAUGGAGCGAGCAAAAAUUGAUGCCAUUACCGCUCCCAAUCUAUACCCCACGUUGAAUGAGCCCAUAUCCCGCAUGCAAAUCGCCUGGAUACCAAACCUGAAAUCCUGUCUCCAGUGGAGGCCUCCAUUGUCGUUGAUUCAGCAACUUGCUGCUGGGCCAAGAGGCAACAUAAGUGUGACCAAGAAUUCACCCGUGCUGGAGUAG